AUAGGGUUGUUGGUCCUCUAGCUAAAAUUACCCUUUUGUCAUCUUCUUCCUCCUUGUACACUUUUUUAUUUUCUUCUGCACACUCUCUUGCCUGCUUUAAUUCAAAUCUUCUGACACUUUCUCUCAAGCUUUGUGCUUUUAUUGUCUUUCAACAAGCUUUUAUUUUGUGUCAAACACACUUACAAAUGGGUAUCUCAUGGAAUAAUCUUCUCUAACGGAGAUUUUCUCUCUCACAAUCUGCGCUACAGCCUAACUCUUCAUCAACUAUCUAUUAGUUGUGCAAUUAGCUAGAUACCCAGAUUCUUCAGAGAACAAUUCUCUAUACAUUCCUUGCAGUUCUUCAACCAAUAUUCCUUAAGCUGAUCAAAUGCCAAGAUCAAGGGGUUCAGAAAUGCCUCAAAGGCAGUCGCCUCGAGGUCCACAUCCACUUAGGACAUCUAGCUCUGAGUCAGAUCCACAGCAUAAUCGACUAAUUACUGAGCGAAGUCCCAAGCUGGGAGACCGUCGCUCCCCUCGAGGUUCGCAUCCUGACUCACUGAACCAAAAGAAACUAGGCACCCGUAUUGCAGAUUUAGAAUCUCAACUUGGCCAAGCACAGGAAGAGCUGAAGAUUUUGAAAGGACAGUUGGCUUCUGCUGAAGCUGCAAAGCAAGAAGCUCAACAAGAAUUGGAGAAGAAUACAAAGAAACCAGCUAUUCUGGAGCCUGAGGAAAUUCAAGAAAAGCAUCCUCCAACUGAAAUUCAGGAUCUUGAAAAGGCAGAGAACAACAUUGUGGACAAAGUAUCUGAUGAAAACCAGCAGGAAACUGAUGUUUUUGAAGUUCCAGUAGAAAAAGAGGCUGUGGAGGCCAAGGCUGAACCUGGCCACCUGAUUGAUCAGGUAGAAAAAGGAAACUGGACAACUAAAAUGACAACCGAACCACUAGCAAUUUCAGAGCCAGAAAAGCCAUCAUUCCAUGACUUGACUUUAAAGGAUGAUGAGAUAAACAUGCUAAAAGCCAAGUUAGAAAAGAAAGAAAAUGAAUUGGAGGCGUUCGGAAAAGAGAAUGAGAAUUUGAAGAAUCUACUGAAUGAAGCAACCUCAAACAUUUCAUCUGCUAAAGCUAAGGAAGACAAGAUGUCCACAAGGUUAAGCCAACUGGGAGAAGAGCUGGAAAAAAGCCAAGCAAGUGCAGCUCAUUUAAAGGAUAAGCUGGAAUCUGCAGAAGGAGCCAAGGAAGCCUUGGAAGCUGAAAUAAGGAAAAUGAGGGUGCAGACAGAGCAAUGGAGAAAAGCAGCAGAUGCAGCAGCAGCAGUACUCGCUGGGGCAGUGGAGAUGAACGGUAGGAUUACCGAGAGGUGUGGCUCCAUGGAUAAGCACUUUGGUGGUGUAUUCGUAACACCAGGUGGUGGUGGGUACACUAGUUUUGUGGGAUCACCAGGAAUGUCUGAUGACUAUGAUGAUGGUUUUGGAAGUGGAAAAAAGAAGGCCUCUGGCAUUAAAAUGUUUGGAGACUUGUGGAAGAAGAAGAGCCAGAAAUGAAGAUAUGAUACAACCUCUUGUUGGUAUCUAUGUUAUGUAGGCAUAUUCAAGUAUUUUGCACUGUUUAUGUAAUGUAUGUAAGCUCAUGUUAAAUUCAUCAUGAAACCUUUUCAGGGAUGAUCUUAAUAUAUAUUCUACUUUGAUUUA